UGGGAAAAGGAAGAAAAGAUCCCUUCUUUUCUACAUUACAAUCUCUCUCUAUUUCCACGGGAAGAUCCGAAGCGUUUGCAAUAAAACGCUAACCCUAGAAAUCGUGAAAAACGCCACCCGUCGAUCUCUCUCCAAUUCUCCCUUUCUUCCCUCAUAAAGAGACGUAGAUUUUAUUUUCUGAGCCUACUGAAAAGGAAAAAAGUUCCUAUUUGUGAUCGUGCAAAGUAAGAAUGGAUCAACAAGGGCAUGGACAGCUCCCAGUCAUGGGGGUAGUUAGUGGUGCGGCCCAAGUGCCAUAUGGCGGGGCUGGGUAUCAGGCUAACCAGAUGAUGGGCCCUAGCCCUCCUGGCUCGGUUGGGACGCCAGGUCAGCUAGCGCAACAGCAACUUGCUUAUCAGCACAUCCACCAACAGCAGCAGCAACAAUUGCAGCAGCAACUCCAGAUGUUCUGGGCGAACCAAUACCAAGAAAUCGAGCAGACGAACGACUUCAAGAACCACAGCUUGCCAUUGGCGAGGAUCAAGAAGAUCAUGAAGGCAGACGAGGACGUGCGGAUGAUCUCAGCGGAGGCCCCGGUGGUAUUCUCCAAGGCCUGCGAGAUGUUCAUCCUGGAGCUGACUCUGCGAUCAUGGAAUCACACGGAGGAGAACAAGCGGAGGACGCUGCAGAAGAAUGACAUUGCAGCGGCGAUCACGAGGACGGAUAUCUUUGACUUUCUGGUUGACAUUGUGCCAAGGGAGGAGCUGAAGGACGAGGUGCUUGGAUCAAUCCCGAUGGCUGGGGCCAUGCCGGUUGGAGGUCCUACAGAGGCCAUUCCAUACUACUUCUUGUCUCCGCAGCAAGCCCCACCGGGGCUGAUAAUGGGUAAACCUGUCAUGGAUCAAUCUUUGUAUGUGCAACAGCCUUUCAUGCCCCAGCAGAUGUGGCAACAACAGACACUUAAUGAGCAGCAGCAGCAGCAGCCGCAGUCGUCUGAUGAUGGUUGAGUUGGAAAGAGAAUAUAGGCCACUUGCAGACGAGUUUGGAGUACAUGUAAGUAUGCUACCCUUUUCAAUAUCAUGUUCUCAGAGAACUGUCCUAACAGAUAUCCGUUCGUAAAAGUUUCUUUGUUCAGUCAUGGAUUUUCAAUUAUCUUUUCAAAUUUCACUUUGGCUCGUCGUAUAUUUAUUCGAAUUCAGUCGCAAAAUGCAUUGCAUUUUGGCCGAACAGCUUAAAUUAUGAGAUCUCCUUUUCUUAAA